UCCGGCGUUCCAACCCAGCGGGAAAAUGCGGCCUCUGACUGAAGAGGAGACGCGAGUAAUGUUUGAGAAGAUAGCAAAAUACAUCGGGGAGAAUCUGCAGCUGCUGGUCGACAGGCCCGACGGCACCUACUGUUUCAGGCUGCACAAUGACCGGGUGUACUACGUGAGUGAGAAGAUUUUGAAGUUGGCCGCCAGCAUCUCCGGUGACAAGCUGGUGUCGCUGGGGACGUGCUUCGGAAAAUUCACGAAGACCCACAAGUUUCGGUUGCACAUCACGGCUCUGGAUUACUUAGCACCGUAUGCCAAGUAUAAAGUGUGGAUAAAACCUGGAGCAGAGCAAUCCUUCCUGUAUGGGAACCAUGUGCUGAAAUCUGGACUUGGUCGAAUCACUGAAAAUACUUCUCAGUACCAGGGAGUUGUGGUGUACUCCAUGGCAGACAUCCCUUUGGGUUUUGGGGUGGCAGCAAAGUCUACACAAGACUGCAGGAAAGUAGACCCCAUGGCGAUUGUGGUAUUUCAUCAAGCAGACAUUGGGGAGUAUGUGCGGCAUGAAGAGACAUUGACUUAAAACGAAAUCAUCGCGAGGACUUGUGGCUGUGUGGAAGGGCCUAGCUUUGUUUCCUGUGUCUGUGUAGGCUCCACCAUCAUGUUGAAUUUUGUCAACACUGUGACCUCUUCAGGGACUUCUUAGUUUAAUAUUCUAUUAUGGACAAAUGCAGGCUGGAUUCUUAUUAUGCAGAAAUGGCUCAAAAACGGGGUUUUGGAUCUUUGUGAUUAUGACUAACUAGAAUGCUGUGUUUUAUAUUUGAAUCAGAGGGCUUCUUGUUUUGAGUAACAGGUUCUAAAUUGUUGGAACUGAGGACAAGAAUAGCGUAUUGUUAUCUGUGAUAACACUGUUUUCCAAACACAUGAUA